UGCUUCUAUCAAAAAUGUUAAAAAAAAAAAAAAAGUGUACAUUCUGGCCACUAGUUUUGCUAGUUUCUGUGGAAAUUUGUUCACAUAAAUUGGAGAGUGUAACGAAAACAAAACCAGUUUCCUUUAUAGAAAAUAGAAUCCAAUGGAACCGUCUAUAGCUAGUCUUACUCAUGUGAUGCUCGUGUCUUUCCCAGGCCAAGGUCACAUAAACCCUCUUCUGCGUCUGGGAAAGCUCAUUGCUUCCAAAGGCUUACUCGUUACCUUUGUCACUACGGAGGAGCCAUUGGGCAAGAAGAUGCGUCAAGCCAACAAGAUUCAAGACGGUGUUCUUAAACCAGUCGGCCUAGGUUUCCUCCGGUUUGAGUUCUUUAACGUUGGGUGUGUAUACAAAGAAGACAGUGAUUUGCUCCUGAAUUGGCUUGAAGUUUCCGGGAAACGAGAGAUCAAGAAUCUGGUAAAGAAGUAUGAGAAGCAACCAGUAAGGUGUCUCAUAAAUAACGUUUUUAUCCCAUGGGUUUGUGACGUAGCCGAGGAGCUUCAUAUCCCUUCUGCUGUCCUAUGGGUCCAGUCUUGUGCUUGUCUCGCCGCUUAUUACUAUUACAACCAUCAGUUAGUUAAGUUUCCGACCAAAACCGAGCCGGAGAUAACCAUUGAAGUCCCUUUCAAGCCAUUAGCGUUGAAGCAUGACGAGAUCCCUAGCUUUCUCCACCCUUCAUCUAUGCAUUCCAUUUUCGGUGGUAUCAUUUUAGAACAGAUCAAGCGACUUCACAAGCCUUUCUCUGUUCUCAUCGACACUUUUCAAGAACUGGAAAGAGAUACUAUUGACCACAUGUCAAAGCUCUGCCCUCAAGUCAUCAUCAACCCCAUCGGUCCACUCUUCAUGAUGGCCAAAACCACAAACUCUGACAUUAAGGGAGACAUCUCCGAGCCAGCCAGUGACUGCAUAGAGUGGCUUGACUCGAGAGAACCAUCCUCCGUUGUUUACAUCUCCUUUGGGACUGUGGCUUACUUGAAGCAAGAGCAAAUCGAGGAGAUUGCUCACGGUAUUCUAAACUCCGGGUUGUCCUGCUUAUGGGUUGUGCGGCCUCCUUUAGAAGGUGUUUCCCAAGAGCCACAAGUUCUGCCUCGAGAGCUUGAAGAGAAGGGGAAGAUCGUGGAAUGGUGUCCACAAGAGAAAGUCUUAGCUCAUCCUGCGGUUGCUUGUUUCUUAAGUCAUUGCGGAUGGAACUCAACCAUGGAGGCUUUAACUUCAGGAGUUCCGGUUAUUUGCUUCCCGCAGUGGGGUGAUCAGGUGACAAAUGCAGUGUACAUUAUUGAUGUUUUCAAGACAGGAGUGAGACUCAGCCGAGGAGAGGCUGAGGAGAGGAUUGUUCCAAGGGAAGAGGUGGCUGAGAGACUGCUUGAGGCCACAGUUGGAGAGAAGACGGUAGAGCUGAGAGAAAACGCUCGGAGGUGGAAGGAGGACGCUGAGUCUGCUGUGACAAACGGUGGAUCUUCCCAGAGGAACUUUCAAGAAUUUGUUGACAAGUUGCUUUCUUUAAAUACAGCGAAAAACACUAAUAAUGCCACGUAAGUCGUAAUUAUCAUACGAUGCAUGUUAUUUAUUAUAGUAAUCUUUUGUAUUCUUUAUCUAAGAACAAGUUGUUUACGACGUACAAUCCCAAUGAUCAAUGAUCCAUGCAAGAUUUUAUCA